CUUCUCUCCUAAACAUCUCCUGUUAACGUGUGCCAGUUUAACUUCUGAACGUUUUAUUCACAAUGUGUCAUUUGUGCUCCUAAAUUAAAAUGAACAAUGUGUUUGUUCAGUGAUGAGCAGCUUUCUGAAGGGGAAAUACACGCAUUGGCUUUGUAAUUUACAUAUUCGGUGGUUUAAACUGUAUUGAUCCUUUAUUUUUUGUGCAUAAUGAACAUGUUUUGAGCCUUUCAACAUUCAAAGUAUGAACUUAAAUGUUCCUUUAACAAGCUGUUGUCCCUACUGUGCUCUAAAUACAUUCAUCAAGUAAAACAUAAGUCAGCUGGAAAUCCCCUGAGGGCCCAGCAGUGAGUCAAAUUAAUUCAUACCAGCUCAGUGAAACUAAACUACUAACUUAUUCAAAUCUGAACACACAUGACACACAUAUUUUUAGAGUCAGUGUGAUUUGCUCUUCUCGGGGAUGUCUUUAUCUCCGAUGUACAUUAUUAAUGCCCAUAAAUCAUAAACAUAAUGUCCCUUAUGACUCCAGAACCUCCCUAAGAAUGAUCGCGUUUAUACGUUUUUUUUCAGUAUAAAAGUAAUCCAGUGCUGGUUAUUUGUACACUCGUGGGUGCAUUGCAAACAUGCACGACUAAUACCUAAUUCGGCAUACUUUGAAUGGUGCCAAUAUGCCAAAAUGUAAACAAAUAAAGGCUAGAAAAUACUCAAGUUGUAGCCCACAGUUAGUCGUACUUCCUGUUUACAUCCGUAAAAGCUCAAAAUGUGAGCAUGAUGUCCCAAAUCAACAAAGAACAAUGAUAAGAGUUCUAUUGUAAUAUUAUGUGAGCCAUAGUAAUAUUUUGACAUUAGGCUUUAAGGCUCAUAAUGUCCCAUUGUUCUCAUAUAUCAACCCCCUCAGAUCAUAAUGAUAGCUAUAUUAUGACGUUGGGAUACAGUGGUAAUUUAAAUCAUAGUUAGUAACCAUAGUGCCUGACCUUUUACCCCACGUUAUAGGAGAAUCAAAAUGAGCAUUCGGGGACAGGAACAGGUGGAGAAGAAGUACAACCCACAUGACACCACCCUGAAGUUUGUCAACAGGAAGGACGACUUGGAUCCAAUGUGUGACGAUGACGACGACUGUCUCAGGGCAGAGAUGUCCUGCGGCCACGCGGUCACUCCUGAAUCUCUAACAAAUUGGUGUCGCAGCCAGCUGGACGAGGGUAUUUACAAAUUCAAAUGCCCUGCACUGGUGGAGGAUUACAAACUGUGCAAUGAACUGUGGUCGUACCAAGAGGUGCGCAGGCUGGCCGAUUUGUCCUCUGAGGAAAUGCAGCACUUUGAAGAUACUAUGGCUCGCCUGGCUGCUGCAGAAUACUGUGAUAUUCAGACAUGCCCGCGGUGUAAAACGAGUGUGGAGAGGAAGGAUCUCUCCAACCUGUGCGUCCGCUGCACCGUGUGCACAGCCGAUCGGAAGAAGGCCUCUGACUUCUGCUGGCAGUGUCAGGGGAAGUGGAAAGGUCCAGGCCCUCGAUCCGACCGCUGCGACAACCACGGCUGCAUCAACAGGGACCUGCAGCUCCUGCAGACGUGCAAGACCAUCGAUCUGCCCGCGGUGAAGGGGGUCACCAGCUGCCCCUCUGUCCGAGUCUGUCCUACAUGCGGCAUGAAGGUGGAGCACAGCCAGCAGAACUGCAAAAAUAUCAACUGCCCUCGCUGCCACGUUGAGUUUUGUUUCGUCUGCCUGAAACUAAAGCGAAAAUGUAGUAAGACCAGUUCACCAUACCAAAUCUGUCCUCGUGGUGUGGCUCCUAGGCAGACCUCUAUCCCGGUGUGGAAGAGGAAAUGACAAACAAACAGAUGCACAAUGAACAAUUUAAUAGAUUUUAGUUUAAAUGUAUCAAUAGUACAUUACUCUGUAAAUAUUAGUUGAUAUACACAAAAUGUGACAAAUACGCUAUAACUCCAAAAGUUCUUGUGGAAGAACUCUGCCUCCUUCUGGAUGGACUUUAACUUUAACUUUAACAUUACAAGAAAGUGUUUUAUUGUCCUGUGAACGCCAAUCACCAUUAAGCUACUGAAAAUGUUGCUAACAGAUUAUAUACUGUAUAUACAAAGUUACAUUUCUUGAAAGGACUUCACUUAGAUUUCAGAAUGUAUUUAGAAACCUGAUCAUUACUCAAUAAAAUCAUUCCAAUUCA